AUGGGACCGGCUGAAGUGACUCCAGGAGCGUAUGAGUCUGUCUAUCAAUAUUUCCAGUCGGAACCAGGGCGGGCGCCACGUUUAUUUUCGUCUCUACCAGAGUUAGAAGGACUUGGCCGUCGAUUCGCUCGCAAGCCACUCAGUAGUGAGCAAGAUCUCGAGGCCUAUGAGCGCUUUGGAGUAGAAGAACAUGUCCAUGAUAUAAUAGCUGAGUUGUGCAAAAUACCAGCGGCUCGUGACGAGUUCGGUCUCUGUGAUGGAAUCCAGUUCAGCAAUCACUCAAAUUCUUUGAGCAGGAACGAAACCUUUGAAGCGGAUACAAGCCAGCCGUCAAGCACACCUCACCCACAACCGGACCAGUUUUGCAUUCAUCAUGUCGACGGCAACACGAACACCCUCCUGACGACCGUCGAGUACAAGCCGCCUCACAAGCUGCUGGUCGCAUCGCAUGGGACUACGACCAAUGGAUCUGUGGAAGAAGAUGGUACAAUGCAGAACGACUCCGCUAUCGUCCAAGAAUACCACGUGAUGAUUCAAGAAGGACUCGAAUAUUCCUACCUGACAAAUGGAAUUGCCCGUGUACUACUUCGUGUUCCGCGAGACGAACCCACCACGCUUUGCUACUUUUUCUGUGAUCCUCACAGCGAAGUGAACACAGCAGCCGAUACAUUUUCCCAGCUAUCGAAGACCUCUGUUGCGAGGGUUUUAUGUCUUUGUUUGAUGGCAUUCCGUUCACCCGCCCUUGGGCAAGAAUGGAGAAAUCGCUGGCGUCCUGAUCUUCAUACGUGGGAAACAAGCUUUGAACAUACGCGUUCGCAGAUCCCGAGCAAGGAAUUACAGCAGAUUCCCCACUCCGAUAGCACAAACCCUGAGUUUCCGAGUCCAGAGUCUGGUUCGUCCUAUGAGCUGCCGUCGUCGUCAUCACUACCGUCUCCCUCAGAGGGCCGUCGAGUGCCUACACGAUCUCAAAGCAGUUGUGCACCUUGCGAGAUCCGACUGCGCUCGCGGUCACCUAACUCGUCCGGCUCCGACACAAAUCAAACAGCUGGCCAUAAGCGGAGAAUCAGUCAAGUCACACCUUCACCGUCCGCACGGCGAUCAGGCCACCAAGAAGAGUCAGGGCGUGACCAAGAAGACCAUUCCCGACGCCGCGCUGCACAAUUUUGCACGCAGCGAUGUUUACUCGGCCUACAGACUGGGAAGUCUUUGGACGAGUUGUGUCCAAAGUGA